CAUUAAAUUAAAUUUCAUCACACACACAAUUCCCUCUCACCACAAAACUUCCCGCUCUCGUCUCCACGGCGGCUCUCUCGACAGCGCCGGCCGCCCCAAAAGACCCCAGCCAAUCACAUGGCAGCGGAUCCAAUGGCGGCGGCGUUGUUCGACGAAGUAGAAGAUCAGGAUUAUCCAUACGAGAGUUCCAUCAACGCGAACAUCCUGAACUUUGGGAACGACCGAAACCCAACGCUGGAUGAUUUGCAGUCGACGGCGGAGCAGCCAGCGGGGUGUGGGUUUGGGAACAUGGGAAUGGUGGAAUUACUGAGGCAGUUUAGUUAUGGUAACGGGCAAUAUGAUUCUGAAGCGGGGCCGUCCAAUAUUGGUGGGGAAGAGGAAGAUCCUCAUCAGGAUGAUAAUUAUACGAAUAUUCCGAGUGAUGUGGAAUCUAAGUUGCUUCCUAUUUGGCCUCUCACUCCUCUUCCUUUUUUAUGUAGUUGUUGCCAAGUUCUUCGAGAAUUUCUUCAUACUAAUGGAGUGCACAGCAGAAAACUAGAGAUUCAUGGUAGGCUAGGGAUGAUUAGCCAUGCAAUAUUGGAGCAUAAACCCAUUGUUAAUGUGGAUAACAUAAGUCCUCAGUAUCAAAUGUUCGAGUAA